AUGCCUAAGGAUGCUGUUGACUCCACCGCGGCCGACUCGGAGAAAGACGUCCACGAUGGCGAACGAGAAAGCUCAAGCAAAUCGGACGGAGAGGGGCAAUGCAGUAUCGAUUCACCGGAGAUAGACCCCUCCCCCAAAGAUACACCGGCUAUGGGAGUCAAGUCCAUCGACGAGCCUGGUCCGGGAGGUGUGCUGGCCAAGGUUCUCAGCAGAACGACAUCUCGUAUUUCAAUUGAUCCGGGACCACCGCCGGAUGGAGGUCUUGCGGCGUGGACUCAGGUUCUUAUGGUCCAUUUAAUUGUGUUCAAUACGUGGGGCUAUAUCAAUUCAUUCGGUGUCUUUCAGACUUACUAUGUCGCCACGUUGGGCCACCCUCCGUCAGACAUAUCUUGGGUGGGCUCAGUCCAGAUUUUUCUGCUAUUCUUCGUCGGCACUUUCUCCGGACGAGCCACAGAUUAUGGCCUAUUCAGGAUAACUUUUCUCAUUGGUUCGAUCUUGCAGUUGAUCGGAGUCUUCAUGACCUCCCUCAGCACCAAAUAUUGGCAACUAUUCUUGGCCCAGGGAAUUUGCACCGGGCUCGGAAACGGGCUCAUCUUCUGUCCGGCACUUUCUCUUCUCUCUACAUAUUUCAGUAGGAAACGGUCAUUAGCGAUCGGUAUUGCAGCCGCCGGCACUGCGACAGGCGGCGUCGUCUUCCCAGUGAUCGUUCGACAACUCCUCCCCAAACUAGGGUUCCCCUGGACCGUCCGUGUCGUCGGCUUCGUUAUGUUAGCCGUGCAGGCUGUAACCCUCACGUUCACAAAACCACGCCUUCCUCCACGCAAGACUGGGCCUAUCGUGGAAUGGGGAGCUUUCAAAGAACUGCCCUACGCUCUCUUUGCAAUCGCUAUGUUUCUCAAUUUCUGGGGACUUUACUUCGCAUUUUACUACAUUGGUUCAUUCGGGCGCGACAUUCUCGGCAUUAGCCAAGCUGAAGCAAUCAGCGAUCUAUUGAUUCUGAACGGCGUUGGACUCUUCGGCCGGCUCAUUCCUGCCCACCUGGCAGACCGCUAUUUCGGCCCUUUGAACACCAUCAUUCCCUUCUCCUUCAUUUCCGGUCUGCUGCUUUAUUGCUGGUCAGCUGUCAGAUCGAAGGGCGGUUUAGUUGGCUUUGCUGUGAUAUAUGGACUUUUCGCCUCCGGCAUCCAGAGCUUGUUCCCAGCUACACUGGCGGGUCUGACUUCCGAUCUGAAGAAGGCGGGUGUUCGCAUGGGUAUGGUCUUCAGCGUUGUCAGCUUUGCAUGCCUGACGGGACCGCCUUUGGCUGGUGCUUUGAUACAGAGAAGAGAUGGCUCGUAUCUGUACGCGCAGAUGUUUGCUGGAAGUGUCAUGAUAGGGGGCUGCAUGACUCUUAUGGCGUGCAGGGUAUCCAAGAAUGGUUGGAAAAGGGCGCGAGUCUGA